AUGAAUUGCACACAAAGCAUCAUUGAUGAAUUUCUUCAAAAUCAGAACAAUUCCAUAAAACAGUUGGCAGUGCCAAUUAUCGUUCUCCUGUUAUUUUUGCUCAUCGCACUAUUGCAGUACAAAUUUCAAUAUAAUGUUGAAAUAUGCCUACUUCUCGGGUUCAAUCUUCAAACUUCGGCGUAUAUUCUUAACAAAUAUUUUUGUAAGAAAGGUAAAAAAUUUUAUUCCACCUUUUUAAAAAAAAAAAAAUUUUAUUCCACCUUUUUUCUUCAGAAGUUCUGAAAUAUUCCAUAAACAUCUUCAUCAUCUCUUCCAAAUUCAUCUACUUCACAACACCAUUGCUCAUGUUACUCCCAAUUUUUUUGGUUCUAUUGUUUGGCUGUUCAAAAUCGCCGAAUGUCAAUGUUUUCCUAGCGAAUUCUCUGAUUUACAUUGUUUCGACAUUGAUUCAAAUGGUACAUUUCUGUUUUUUUGAGGAAAAUAUUUUCGAGAGUGUUGGCUGGGUUUUUCUUGUCUUUUCCUGCAGCUUCACAUGUUUUGCGGUGAGAUUUAAAACAUUUUUUUUCGUUCGAAAAAUAAUAUUAUUUUUUUUUGAAGCUUUGUUCUAUAUUCAAAGUGCGCUUCCAGCAAAUAAUCAAAGGAUUUAUCAAUACUGAAAGUCCAUACUGUUAUGCUGCCGCAAAUUUUGCAAAACCAAUAAUUGCUCAUUUGACAUUCAUUCAAAGUUACAUAAUUAUCAAAAUAUGUGUUCUCAUUUUUGCAUUCUACACCAUAUUCUACUUUGAAAAUGAUGUCAGAAACCUUCCAAGUAUCGACAAGACAAUGAAUCUAGCAUCAUUUCUUGAGCUAUGUUUCUUUAUAAUUAAUCGAUUCCAUAAGGUUCUCUUGAAAAUACCGGUGAGCUACAUAGCUUUUUUUAAAAAUUCAAUUUUUUUUCGAAUUUGUUACAUUCCAGGGUGUUAUUGAUCCAAUAGAACAAGUUAUUCUGGAUUAUUUGGAAACACCACGUGAAAUCAGAGAGCAUUUUGGGAGACUCAAAAUCCCUUUCAAUAGAAAUGUAGCUAACCAGAGAAUAUUCACAGUGGUAGCUCAUUAAAAGCAUGUUAGAUCCCUCCAGAAAGCACAUUCGACUAAAAAAGCACCUCACUUUUUUUUGUAUAGCUAUAGGAUUGUAAUUGUACUCGCACUAUUGAUCCAAAAAAAAUUCCGCACUUUUCUGGAAAGCCCUGCACUUGAUAAAUAUAAUUUUUUGGUCGUAUUUUUUAUUUCGAGACAAGCCAAUUCGUUUAAAUCGAAUUUGAUACCUGUUUUUGUUUUUGCAAAAUUCCAAUUCCCGUAGUUUUAGAAAAAGAAAUGGGAACUUCUGAAGAGGUUCAUAGGCAUACUAUUGGGAACAUUCCAAUAAUGGUAAUCACAAUGAAUAUCUUUGUCUUCUGGUUUAUUUUGACUGAGGAGCCACCUAGCUUUUUGGAUUGUGUUUCUGUCAUUUUACAUGCUUUGAUCGUGGUGUUGCUUCUCGCAAAUUUAUAUGAAUAUUCACAGUUUCUUUAAUAAUACUAGUGAGUUCAAAAAAUGAAUAAAAUUCUUUGUACGAUUUUUUUUCAGCUCACAUCAGUCUUCAGCAAAAAGUUCACAUUACAACUACAAAUCUCUACCGUAUUUCGUUUCAUAUUAGGGCUGGGCAUCGGCUUAGCCAACAAAAUAGCAUUUUUCAUUUUAGCCCAAGUGAGUUGGGAAAAAUAUGAAAUUAUUAGCUUCGAGUUCCUAGGCUUCGAAGAUUUUUCACACAGCAUCCAUUCUUGAAAAUCUAUAUUUUUCAGGAACAGCUAGAAUGAAUUUAACCAAUUCAGAUCUCAUCGAAUACUAUUUCUCCAGUCGAGAUGAAGUAGAAAACCUUUAUUCAGAAAAGGUAACAGUUAUAUGGUUAUUUUCAUUGUUCGGGCUUUACCGUUUUCUUCUUUGGCAUUCUUUUGAAGCCACUUCAUCUUUGGGGGUUGUUAUAAGAAGCUGCGCUUAUGUUUUGAACAAUUGUGUUGCGAACAAAGGUAUAUUUCUACUUAUCAUCUUGAGACCACAUAUGGAUUUCCAGGAAAAGUGAAAGUAUUUAUUGAUAUUUUGAUGAUGACGUCAUGUUCAAUCUAUGUCACAACACCAUUCUUCACGCUCUUCCCAAUUAUCUCAAUAUUUUUGACGAACAAUUUUAAAUGUAUGAAACGGCACGUUUGGCAGAUCAACUCGGUUGUUCACUUUGGCUCAACAAUGUGCCUUAUCAUGACAUUUUUCCAACCGGAUAAUGAAAAUCCUGACAAUUACUUUCCCGUUGUCACAUUUUGCGUUUAUUGGGUUUUUGGUUUCUUGGUGAGUAUGAAAAAUAUUUGUUUUUGUUGUAAAAAUUUUUAUGAGUACAGGUUGCCACUGCUCUCAGAGUUACUCCCGAUCAAGUGAUGGGAGAAGUGAAUGAAAUCACAACAGAUCCAAACGCCGAACUAGCUUUGAAAUAUUUGAAAUCAUUAAAAGGACAUUUGGGAUUCUGCCAAAUUUAUAUGACUUUCAAAUUCGGAAGCUUCAUUUAUCUUCUAUGUUUCACAGUAAACAAUCAGUCAAACAAGGAUUUUAGCAGGUUGGAUAAUUGCAUGUCUAUUGCCGCAAUUGUCGAACUCAUGUUUCUGGUAAUCUCGAAAUUGAUUCUCCACAAGUAUAAUUACUUCUAUGCUCCGGUGAGUUACAAAUUUAAGGCUAGAAGAUAUGCUAAUUAGGUUGGUUCAGGCAUCAAAGGAUGAUAUAAUGGGAUAUACGUUUUUAUGGAAACUGCGAAAAGAAUCCGAAGAUGCUAGAAUCAAAGCUUUCAAACGACUUUAG